AUGUCCGGUGAGGCCCUCAGCCGCAACGCCCAGAAGCGCGUCACCACCGACCCGGUGGGCCUGCGGAUGCUGGGCCUCGAGGCGGCCACGCACCUGGCCCUGGACCCGGCGCAGCCGUACAUCGUGCGGCUCGAUGGCCAUGCCUUCGGGACCCUGGCCAGGGAGGGGCAAUUCCGCGAGCCCUUCGAGCCGGGGUUCCUCCGGGCAAUGGCCCUGACGGCGGCCGACUGCCUGGAGGAGUUCCGCGCGGUCUUCGCCUACACCCAGACCGAUGAGAUCAGCUUGGUCUUCCCGGAGGUCGGCAUCCCGGGAGGGGUCUUUUAUUGCGCCGGCUGCGGGCUCGGCUCCGGCCGGGCCGCCACCGAUGCGGCUGCGUCGGAUUCGGCCCCCGCGCCCACGGCCGAGGCUACUCCGGCGGCGCCGGCGCCGGCGCCCGCUGGCCCCCGCAAUCCCCCUGGGCCCGUCCCGUUGACGGGCGGCCAGUGCAUCGGGGGCUGCGCGCCCGCGGUGCCGCCCUCGCGCGCCGGGCAUGUCCCCUACCGCGGCAGCGUGCAAAAGAUCGCAUCGCUGAUGGCCUCCUACGCGGCGGCCCGCUUCAAUUUCCACCUCGGCCGCGAGGACUUCCCCGAGUCCAGCCCCGAGGCACUGGCGGCGCUGCGCUCCGGGCAGUUCUACUUCGACGGCCGGGUGUUCAAUCUCCCCACGCGGGAUCUGGUCGCGGAAAACAUCCAGUGGCGCUGGUGC